AUGACCGAGUGGCUCCUGCCAGCGAGUGGGCUUCCCGACGCCGGGUCCUGCGUCCCUGUGUGGCAGUCCUCGUCCAGUCUUUCUCGGGUCCUGUGCUGGUCAGGUUCUCGGCUGCCCGGACUCCUGCUCCUGUUACUGCUCCCGCCGCCUGCUGCCCUCUCGGCCGUGUUCAAAGUGGGGGUCCUGGGCCCCUGGACUUGCGACCCCAUCUUUGCCCGGGCCCGCCCGGAUCUGGCUGCGCGUCUGGCCGCUGACCGCCUGAAUCGUGACCUUGCCCUAGACGGCGGCCCCCGGUUCGAGGUUGCGUUGCUGCCGGAGCCCUGCCUGACCCCGGGCUCUCUAGGGGCUGUGUCCUCUGCGCUGUCUCGAGUCUCUGGUCUGGUGGGUCCAGUGAACCCCGCAGCCUGCCGGCCAGCAGAACUACUAGCCCAGGAGGCUGGAGUAGCGCUGGUGCCCUGGGGCUGCCCAGGCACGCGGGCGGCGGGUACUACAGCCCCGGCGGUGACCCCCGCUGCAGAUGUUCUCUAUGUCCUCCUUCGAGCAUUCCGCUGGGCGCGCGUGGCCCUCAUCACUGCGCCCCAGGACCUGUGGGUGGAGGCGGGACGUGCUCUGUCCACAGCACUCAGGGCCCGGGGCUUGCCAGUUGCCCUAGUGACCUCCAUGGAGCCCUCAGACCUGUCUGGAGCUCGCGAGGCUCUCAGGAGGAUCCGGGACGGGCCUAGAGUUAGAGUAGUGAUCAUGGUGAUGCACUCGGUGCUGCUGGGCGGCGAGGAGCAGCGCUACCUACUGGAAGCUGCAGAAGAGCUGGGCCUAGCUGAUGGCUCUCUGGUCUUCCUGCCCUUCGACACUCUUCACUACGCGUUGUCUCCAGGCCCGGAGACUCUGGCUCCACUUGUCAACAGCUCCCAGCUUCGCAGGGCACACGAUGCUGUGCUCACACUCACGCGCCACUGUCCUACGGGAGGCAGCGUGCAGGACAGCCUGCGCAGGGCCCAAGAGCACCAGGAGCUGCCCGCUGACCUCAACCUGCAGCAGGUCUCUCCACUGUUCGGAACCAUCUACGACGCUGUCUUCCUAUUGGCUGGGGGAGUGACAAGAGCCAGAGCAGCUGUGGGUGGUGGCUGGGUGUCAGGCACGUCUGUGGCCCGCCAAGUUCAGGAAGCCCAAGUCUCUGGCUUUUGCGGGGACCUGGGAAGAACAGAGGAGCCCUCCUUUGUGCUGCUGGACACCGAUGCAUCAGGAGACCGGCUCUUCACCACACACCUGCUGGAUCCCAUCCGAGGCUCCCUGCGCUCUGCUGGGCCCCCGGUGCACUUCCCGAGAGGUGGACCUGCACCCGGGCCAGAUCCUUCCUGCUGGUUCAAUCCAGAUGUAAUCUGCAAUGGAGGAGUGGAGCCAGGCCUGGUCUUUGUUGGCUUCCUCCUGGUGAUAGGGAUGGGGCUGACUGGAGCUCUCCUGGCUCAUUACUUGAGACACCGACUCCUACAUAUACAAAUGGUCUCGGGCCCCAACAAGAUCAUCCUGACUCUGGAAGAUGUUACCUUGCUCCACUCACAGGGGGGCAGCUCUCGGAAGAUGGCCCAGGGCAGUAGAUCCAGUCUGAUUACCCGGAGCACAUCAGACAUCCGCAGUGUCCCCAGCCAGGCCCCAGAGAACACCAACAUUGGCCUCUAUGAGGGAGACUGGGUUUGGCUGAAGAAAUUUCCAGGGGAUCGCCAUAUGGCUAUCCGCCCAGCCACCAAGACAGCCUUCUCCAAGCUGCGGGAGCUCCGGCAUGAGAAUGUGGCCCUCUACCUGGGGCUCUUCCUGGCAGGGACAGCAGACAGCCCUGCCACCCCUGGGGAGGGCAUCUUGGCUGUGGUCUCAGAGCACUGUACUCGGGGCUCCCUCCAUGACCUCCUGGCCCAGAGAGACAUAAAGCUGGACUGGAUGUUCAAGUCUUCCCUCCUGCUGGACCUCAUCAAGGGAAUGAGAUACCUGCACCAUCGCGGUGUGGCCCACGGGAGGCUUAAGUCUCGGAACUGCGUGGUGGACGGGAGGUUCGUGCUCAAGGUGACAGAUCAUGGCCACGGGCGACUGCUGGAAGCGCAAAAGGUGUUGCCUGAGCCUCCCAGUGCGGAGGAUCAACUUUGGACAGCCCCAGAGCUGCUUCGGGACCCUGCCCUGGAGCGACGGGGAACACUAGCUGGCGAUGUCUUUAGCCUGGGCAUCAUCAUGCAGGAGGUCGUGUGCCGCAGCACCCCCUAUGCCAUGCUGGAGCUAACACCCGAGGAGGUGAUACAGAGGGUGCAGAACCCUCCUCCACUGUGUCGGCCCUUGGUGUCAAUGGACCAGGCACCCAUGGAGUGCAUCCGGCUGAUGGCACAGUGCUGGGCAGAGCAGCCAGAGCUUCGGCCCUCCAUGGACCACACCUUUGACCUGUUCAAGAGCAUCAACAAGGGCCGGAAGAUGAACAUCAUCGACUCGAUGCUCCGGAUGCUGGAGCAAUACUCCAGUAACCUGGAGGACCUGAUUCGAGAGCGCACAGAGGAGUUAGAACAGGAGAAGCAGAAGACAGACAGGCUGCUCACACAGAUGCUGCCUCCAUCUGUGGCUGAGGCCCUGAAGAUGGGGACACCUGUGGAGCCUGAGUACUUUGAGGAGGUGACACUCUACUUCAGUGACAUUGUGGGCUUCACCACCAUUUCGGCCAUGAGUGAGCCCAUCGAGGUGGUGGACUUGCUUAAUGACCUCUAUACCCUCUUCGAUGCCAUCAUUGGUGCCCACGAUGUCUACAAGGUGGAAACAAUUGGAGAUGCCUAUAUGGUGGCCUCCGGGCUGCCACAAAGGAAUGGGCAGCGGCAUGCUGCAGAGAUUGCCAACAUGUCGCUAGACAUCCUCAGCGCCGUAGGCUCUUUCCGCAUGCGCCAUAUGCCUGAGGUACCAGUGCGCAUUCGCAUUGGUCUGCACUCAGGCCCGUGCGUGGCUGGUGUGGUGGGCCUCACCAUGCCUCGGUACUGCCUGUUUGGGGACACAGUCAACACAGCCUCACGAAUGGAAUCCACCGGACUGCCUUACCGCAUCCACGUGAACAUGAGCACUGUUCGGAUUCUUUGUGCCCUGGACCAGGGCUUCCAGAUGGAGUGUCGAGGCCGCACAGAGCUGAAGGGCAAGGGUGCUGAGGACACGUACUGGCUUGUGGGUAGACUGGGUUUCAACAAGCCCAUCCCCAAACCACCGGAUCUGCAGCCAGGGGCCAGCAACCAUGGCAUCAGCCUGCAGGAGAUUCCCCCAGAGAGGCGCAAGAAGCUAGAGAAAGCCAGACCAGGCCAAUUCACUGGGAAGUGAAGUUCCCCGGAGACAGGCUUCUCAGAGAGACCCCUCGGGCUGUAUACUACACCAUGACAGAAUUUUGGAGACAGCAUUUGCCAGAGGCCGGUGUGCAGUUGUAUUUGCGGAUCUGUCAGAUCGAAAGGCCUCUCCAUGGUCUACAUGCAAGAAUCCCUAAGCCCUGGUCCUCCUUAUGUGCACUCCUCUUCCUCUCUGAGACAGCUGCUUCCCUCAGGAUUAUUCUGUA